CCUUCUUUCUCCUGCAGAGAAGAAGGGGAUUCAAACGCCCCAUUCUCUCAGUAGUGCAUUAUUUAUUGUUAUAGAUAUAGAAUAACAAAAAAAUUGUCUUAUCUUCAAUAUGAAGGACAAUUUUUCUGCAAUCACAAUGUUUACUCUCUCAGGGGUAAGUGGCACAACAAACUACAGAGUCACCCUCUUUGUUCUUACUUUUUUGUGUUACUGUGUGAUAUGGCUUGUAAAUAUGACCAUAAUUGUCGUAACCAUUGUGGAUAAAAACCUUCAUCAACCCAUGUAUAUCUUCCUCUGCAAUUUGUGCAUCAAUGGUCUUUAUGGAACUGCAGGCUUUUACCCCAGAUUUCUCAAGGAUCUUCUGUCUACAGCUAAUAUUAUAUCGUAUACGGGGUGCCUCCUGCAGGGUUUUGUUUUGCACUCUUCAGCUUGUACUGAUUUUUCUAUUUUAGCUCUAAUGGCCUAUGACCGAUAUGUGGCUAUAUGUCGGCCUCUGGCAUACCACUCAGUGAUGACUAAACAAAGAAUCUGUGUGCUUGUGUUUUUUGCUUGGAUUAUUCCUUUUUAUCUGUUGCUCAUGAGCACAAUCACAACGUCGACGUCAAGGUUAUGUGGCUCACACAUACCGAAGAUCUACUGUAUUAAUUUUUUGGUUGGUAAACUAGCCUGUUCUGCCCCCAUAUCAAUGAUCAUUAUGCCAGCUUUUAACUAUACUUUUUAUUUUUGCCAUGUUCUUUUUGUUGUUUGGUCUUAUAUUUAUCUGAUCAAAACAUGCCUUAAAUCACAAGAGAACAGAAGUAAGUUCAUGCAAACAUGUAUGCCACAUUUAUUCUGUUUAAUUAUUGUUGUUGUAUCCUUGCUUUUUGACUUGCUGUACAUGCGAUAUGGCUCAAAAGAGUUACCACAAAGUCUACAAAACUUUAUGUCAAUAGAAUUUCUUGUUAUUCCUCCAAUUAUCAAUCCACUGAUAUAUGGUUUGAAAUUAACGCAAAUAAGGAACAGAGUUCAGCAAAUAUUGUUUGGUAAACGUGUCAAUACUUAGGCAAAAAGUUGUAUCGUGGGGAGAAUUAUGUGCCCAUUUGAAAGUGAUUAGAUGUUGUAUAUUAUCAUUUCUCAAGGUCGUGUGAAACAGAAAUGCAAAGAAGAUGCUAAGAUGAAAAAAAAAAACAUACUGUAGAAUAAUUGUUGCAACACUGUUGUUGCUAGACCUGUCAUUUAUAUUUUUCGUUGCUAAAUAAUAUUCGUAGCAUAAUCUCUAAUAUGUCUAGUUAUUGUAUGUCUACAUAUAU